CCAUGUUCUGUGUACUGUGGGAGAACAGAUAUAGUGAAUGCAGGGUCCAGGGAGACCAGAUAUACUGAAUGCAGGGUCCAGGGAGAGCAGAUAUAGUGAAUGCAGGGUCCUGGGAGACCAGAUAUAGUGAAUGCGGGGUCCUGGGAGACCAGAUAUAGUGAAUGCAGGGUCCGGGGAGACCAGAUAUAGUGAAUGCAGGGUCCGGGGAGACCAGAUAUAGUGAAUGCAGGGUCCGGGGAGACCAGAUAUAGUGAAUGCAGGGUCCGGGGAGACAAGAUAUAGUGAAUGCAGGGGUCCGGGGAGACCGGAUAUAGUGAAUGCAGGGUCUGGGGAGAGCAGAUAUAGUGAAUGCAGGGGUCCGGGGAGACCAGAUAUAGUGAAUGCAGGGUCCGGGGAGACCAGAUAUAGUGAAUUCAGGAUCCGGGGAGACCGGAUAUAGUGAAUGCAGGGUCCCGGGGAGACCGGAUAUAGUGAAUGCAGGGUCCGGGGAGACUAGAUAUAGUGAAUGCA